ACUCGUCAUAUUUUACAACAAACAGCAACGCAGAUAUAUCUUUAGUGGCCCAGUAUAUCGUGUCGGUGGUUUCGGGUGGAGGAGAGCUUGUCUUAGAGGUCCGAUCCCAGCUCGCUCGGUUCGCCGCGAGAUGCCCCGCGAGUGAACCGUAGGUCAAUAAUUUCCCUUGGACAACGUGGUUCGCGACGUCUAUGGACAAACAACCAGUUUACUUUCAACAUUUUCUGUGAUUCGUCGCUCCAUCGGCUGCUCCGGUCGAAGCUCUUCGAGAAUCCGAGUAUUAAACAAUGCUUUUGUGCUUGUUAUUCAAACGGGCAUCGCAUUCAGUGACUGCGUUAUCCGCACUUGCUCUCCGGCAACCAUUGCAGAUUCUCCAGUAAAGCUAGGACCUCGAGCCGCCGACUUGUCAUGGAGUCUCAAUUCAACUCUCCUCGAUCCUCGCCGGCCGAGGAUCACGAGGAAACAAUCUUACGCCGCCUUUCGCCACACGACCGUGAUCAGCCUCUGCCUCGCUAUGGCCGCGAACAGCAAAACGGCGAUUCGCGUUCCCAAUCCUCAGCCAGUCCGGAAUUCCCCCCAGAUGACUAUCGAAGCCAGCCUUCCCAGAGCCUAGAUAAUUCACCUGGCGCUGAGGAUAUAAGAUCGACAACAACAAAGCCCGAUCAUUCAGAGGGCUCAUUUUCUCUGAUGGAAACCACCAAGCCGUCAGACAAUGGCACACUAGAGUCACAGCAGACGCGACAGCCGACCGACAGCCAUGUCGCUCGAAUGUCCGGAAGUUCAACUAUUCUGGCCCCUACGGAAUUGAACGGUGCACAAAAGUCUCAAAAGCAUGAAAUGGUUUCCUCUCCAAGACCCACUGAUCGUUCUUUGCCUCCGCGAGGCGCCACAGAAGAAACGGUUGAAGAUGCUUUUGUUGCAUUCAUUCUUUACUGCAACCCAGGAGUUCCGCUCGAUACAGAUACGACUGAGUUACGAAAAGCUUUUCGUACUCCUCCAAGGAGCGAUGGCAAGACCUUUGGAACCUUUACACUGCUGGAAUUGAUUCGGAAAUUAGAAACUGGGGAAAUCAGAACCUGGACGCAAUUGGUGCUUGAAUUAGGAGUUGAGCCGCCAGUGGCGGAAAAGAACCAAAGUGUCCAGAAAGUUCAGCAAUAUGCUGUGAGGCUGAAGAGAUGGCUUCAUGCCAUGCACCUCGAUGCAUUUUCGGCAUACUGCUUGGGGAAAUAUCAUGGUUAUUACACACAAGUUCCCCUGCCGGAUACAUUCAAUGCCGACUACAGCCGCGAUGGCGUGCCCCCAGAGGAAGACCUUGCGCUUCGCGCAUUACAUCCAGAGUCGCGCCCCAAGCGGGGCCGACGAAAAGCUGAAAAGGAUAAUGAGCCCGACGAUGACGAGACACCGUCAAAGCGUCUUCGACUAGAUACCUCGGUGCCGACUGCGAGCUUAGAAGGCUAUGGACCUGUGCAUUCGGCGCUCUUCCCACACAGCGCAAUGCCUCCCACUGCCCAUCCCGAUUUCCUCGAGCGCUUUGUCGAUCAUGUCGACCCUUGGGCGGCUGCUUCGGCCGUUACUCCAGCAGACUUAGCAGCUUAUAAAGCUACAUCGUCUUAUCCCUUGCCCUCGACCCCCGGCGGCCAGCAGUUCCGUUGGCGCCUAAAUGCACCUGACCAAACCCCAACAACACCACAUCCUUUAUCCGCAAUCACUCCUAGCACCGUCUAUCCGCCGGAUCCAGGUUUCUCUGAGCCGCACUCCGCAAUCCCACCAUCGUCGAUCGGCAGACCUAAGGUGCGAAGACGCCACGGCCCAGCCGUAUCGUCGGCAUGGCCAAGUGGCGUAAGCUCAUCGACUGGUAAGCAAAGGGGAAGACCGCCAGGGAAUCGGUCCGUGCGCGAUGGGCCCUAUAGCACUUUCCCUCUUCAUGGCAAGGAAAAGGAUGGAUCAGCCCUUGACCCUCCAAACGGUACGGCAGCAUCGCCUCCCGUCGUAACUCACCUUGGAUCGAUGUCCUCUCCGCAUUUCCCAACCCCUCCAAUACCCCCAUCAGAAGGCGGACAUCUACGUCCUGGAGAGGGACGGCCGAGCCGCCUAUACCUACAAGUUCCACAUGGAAACACUCAUCCUAUACCGCAAUUACCAGCAGUCAGCUCGACUGACGGCGCCCACCCACUUCACUCCACGUCAACGCCUCCCACUCGACCACCAACAACUGACCUCUUUACUCCAUCACCACAUCAUCUCGAAUCGCAACCGCUGCAACGAUUCAAUCCCCCAGCUUAUACAGUAGCCGAACUAGAACAAGACAUUGCAGUUCGAUUCCUCCAAGUGGAACCAGAAGACAGACAAGCUAUUGCAUUUGACGAAGCGCAGGCUCUGGCAAGGGUGCUAGUUCAAAGCCUGAGGCGUCUUCCCAGCAGCUCCAUGCAUGAGCACAUGUUCCUCGGCAGCGCCAUUGCAUGGCUAGGCGCAUCAACAAGUACAUCUCCGGUACGCCGAAUGAUGGAUGGCCUGCGCAUCCGCCGGACGCAAGCACAGACCGUGGUCAGUGCCAACAAAAAUAAUCAUUCGAGCAGACCAGAUGGGGUUCGGCAUGAUGGACAAAAUACAAAACACCCUCUCGAAACUCUGUACGAACUCUCCUGGAUCGUUCGCCAGGGGCCUCUAUCCGGCAUGUUUUCAUUAACCCUCUCUCUACCGCCACCAGGCGAUGGGCCGGCACGUCCUACCACAAUUUCAGAGCCCGAAUCAACGGGUCUCGGGAUCAUCGACAUCCAUGCCAAGGACAGAUUCGGCAGCGGAGCCCACCGACCCUCCACUCCUUCCUCCAACCACGUCGGCACUGCCAACAGCAGCAAUCCGGUCAACGAAGCCGCAGGCGGCAUCGAACACGCACAUAAUUCAGCACCGUCCCGAAUUGGUUCCAGUUCAGUUGGCGAAUCAGGUGUCCAUAUGUCUGGCUCUGCGUUACCAACUCCUCACCAAGGUUCGCUGACUUUGCAAUCGCAUGACCGGUCUGAAGUUCUUGCUUUGGAGAGAAAACUCCGUGACAAAGAAGAAGAGAUUAGUCGGCUCCGGCGCAAAGUGCUUGAUGCAGUGCUCUAGUUCCCCCCCCCCCCCCUCCCCC